GAGAGAGAGAGAGAGAGAGGCGGGACCUCUUAGCCGGGAAGGGCGUUCUCUUUGCGGUCAGGCCGGGCAGAGUCAUCCCGAGGGGUGGGUCCUCCGGCAGCAGCAGUAAAGGAAAACCCACCUUUUUUCAUUGUUAAGGACGCGGAGGAAUGUGAUGGUUUGAUCUCAGAACGGGUUCAGGGAGGGGAAUAUCCGAGAAGGAAAAGAGACCGACGAAAGUGGUUUCAGGGAAAAAGGUGGAAACCAGCCUCCAACUCUCCGGUUGUAUGUGAGGAUAAUGUGGAUGAACUUGUGUCGGCAGCAGCAGCAGCAGCAGCAGCAGCGAGUCCUCCGGUCCGCAUGAGCUCCUCACACCGAGUGAAGUUGUGGAUUUACCGCUGCGUUUUCAACACCCGGCGGUGGAACCAGCUAAAAGGAUGGAGACUUUGGGAAGAGGAGCUUAACGUGUGACAGACAGACAAAAGGAUGCAUCUAAAAUAUGACAGAUUCGUCUGCUAAACGCCGCUCCGAGGGAACUUCAAAGUCUUAAAGCGACAGUGACAGAUAGACCGCCGAGAGAUAAAAGAGCAAUUCCCCCAAGAGCCUUAAGGCAUUGAUAACACUACCACACAAAUGUGGACCUCCCAAAACAUUGUCAUCAAAUAAUCUGAACAACAAAACAAACGCAACAGAAUAACAGAAAUCAUUUUGUAGCCAUGUCUGACCAUAAAGACAUGACACAUCGCCAUCUGCGGCACAAGCUGCAGAGUCUCGGUCGAAGACUGGAUGAACUGGAAGAAGCAACCAACAAGCUGCAGAAGUCUGAGGAUGAGCUACUUGACCUGCAGGACAAAGUCAUCCAGGGAGAAGGCAGCAACUCAUCCCUGCUCGGAGACGUGGAGGACCUGAGGAAACGUCUCCUUAAGAUCCAGGGUAAGGAUGAGGAGGUACGCAAAGCUGAAGAUCUCUGCCGCACAGUCAGAGAGAAACUGGAAGAGGAGGAAAGCCUGACGCAGGAGCUGAAGGCUGAAAUCGAACGUCUACAACGGAGGAUGGCAGAACUGGAAAAACUGGAAGAAGCCUUUGGGAAAAGCAAGUCUGACUGCAGCCAGCUCUGCUUGAGCCUCAACGAGGAAAAGAACUUGACCAAGAAGCUCUCGUCUGAGCUGGAGGCCCUCAAAGCACGUUUGAAGGAGGUGGAGGGGUCUGAGACGAAGCUGGACCGAGCAGAGCAGGCGUUAGCUAUGGAGCUUGAAAAACUCAAAGGGUUCACUCAGACCUUUAUGAGUGAGCGCAAGAGGCUACUAGAGAAACAGCGGGAGGACGAGAAGAUCAUUCUAAAGCUGACAGAAAAAUUGGAGCACCAGAAGAAUCGCCUCGGCUUGUCGGCGGACCCUGGUCGCGCAGAUUUCAUGAGGUCACGAAUUGAAGAUGAGCUUUCAUCCACGGGGCUCCUCACGAGUAAACUGGCUGGACGCAAGAAGAGCCUCGAGUACUUGAAGUUGGCCGACGACAACAUCGGCCUCGUGAACAAAUCUGAGAAUGAGAAGAACAGCGGUCCUCUUGAGGACGAGGACAACAAAGUAAAGGAGCUGACGCAGGAAGUAGAGAGGCUGAAGAACCGCCUUAAGCAGCUGGAGAUAGUGGAGGAGGAUCUAAAGAACUCGGAGUCCAAAAACGGCGAACUUCACGAGAAGUUCCAGAUGGAACGAAACCGGGCUCGCCAACUGAACGAGCAGGUGGAGCAGCUCAGGACGCAGCUGUGCGGGAAAGGAGGAAUCGGAAGAAAUGGAACCAGUAAUGUGGAUAAACACGGCAAUGGGAGCGCUAACAUUUGCCCAAACAGCCCUGCUAAGGUCCUGGAAAAUGGCAAAGCUGACAAUGAAGAGAAUAUGGUGAAGGUCUUCAGACAAGAGAAGCCCAAAUAUAGGAGUGCUGCAGCCGUCUCAGAGCCGAGUUCCCCCAAACACAGGAACAGGGAGCUUUCUCCUCAGCGUAAGAAAGAGACCAAGCUGAGGAGCAAAGAUCCCAGCCACUCAGAGGAGAGCUCUCCUAAAACUGUGAGGAGAGCUCUCAGUCCUGCUCACAAGAGUAGAAGGACACCCAAAACCCCAACUACUGCGAUUUCAUCUGAUAACGGAAUAAGAGACACAAGACGAGGAACUGAGGAAAAGACAAGAGGAGCCACUCCCGGCUCUGUAAACGCGUCCUCUAGUGACGUUAAGAAAGCGCCCGUUCUUAGCCGCUACCCUCCAGCAGCUAACGACCAGAAGCCCCUGAGGACGGCUCACAAACAGACGGAUGGGGAGAGUAAAAAGAGCAGAGUAGAAAAGUUUUCAAAGUUGUACGUAGGUAGUGAUAGUGAAUCAAACAACUCUGACGUAGUGCCUGACAGUUCCAGUAACAUCAACAGUAUCUCUGGUUUAGAGAAGGACGCAGCGUCUGCCUCAGAUCAGGAAUCAACAGACCAGGUUGAGGAAUCUGUCUCUGUGUCCGUCGCCUCCACCUUGUCCAAAGCCAAUGGAGCGUACAAAGCCUUCAGAUCCCAAGUCACUCCACUGCUGCCCAACGACCAGGGGUCAGAAGGUCAUUCGUCUGCCUCCGAAACCGAAUCUACUGGUUCAAGGCCCUCUGAGCCAGAGCCUGUACCUGAGACAACGACGACGACGACUCCUACAACUGUAAGCAGUAGGACCCCAACCUCCAGAUAUCCCAGAUACCCCCACGUCCACGACUCGCAUUCAGGGGGUUCUUCUUCCAGGAGCUCGUUUGACGAGGAGCUCCACAACAGAACACUGUUAGCUGAGGGAGGCCACCAGGCGCCCACGCACACUGCAUCGGGGAUCGAGAUCCAGCGAGUGUGCAGCCCACGCGAGGCGCGGAGUUCAAAAGCUGUCAUCAAGCCUGCGAUCGUCGAGAUCGACAGGAAGGAAGUGAUGAUUUCAGAACCUUUGUCUACAAACGGCAAACCCAAAAUCUCCACCAAACCUAUGGUGACCACCACUAGUAAAAUGACCAGUAGUAUAACCAUUUACCCCAAUGACCCGAGCUCUUCCAGAACCAGCAGUCGCAGCAGCAGCGUGUCCAGUGAACCCGUGCCGGUCAAAGAACGCCACACCUCCACCAGUAACAUCGUCAUAGGACUGAGCAGUGAGCACCAUGGCAGCAUCUCCGUCCCGUAUGAGAUCUCCAUUCCCAAAAGUGAGAUCACCUUGCGGCCGUGCCAGGACCAGGACUGCGGGCCGGACGACCACAACGAUUCCUCAUCAAGGUCCAAACACCACAACACUUCCAGAGUGGAGACCACCGCCAGCCACCUGUGCUGCCAACGCAGCAACUUCAGCCUCCAGUCGCCGGACACCACCUCCGCGGACUUUAACGACACGGAGUCGGGCUUCGAAAGCAGCAGCAGCAGUAGCACCACCACGGUCACCAGCUGGAGACACCAAAGACAAAGCCAGCACUCCCAAGAAGACAGUGUACCAGACAUGAAGAAUGUGACUGUGAGGAGCACCUGGAAGAACAGGGGCGCCGCGUCAGUGGAGGAGACAGGCCGGGGAAGAGGGGGCGCGAGAACGAUGACCGAUGGCGGGUCGGAGGAUGAAACGGAGGCUGCAACAACUUGGAGGGCUUACCGGGCGACCACCUUCGAUACAGAAGAAAUGAUGAACAGCGGAACAGGAGCUGGUGGGAAUGCUGAGGCACAGAAGGGAGCCAAGCCGUCCCCUGCAGAGGUGUACAUGCGUAGGAUCAACAGUGUGGUCACUAACACCAGAGAAGUGGAGGAACCAGUGCAUCGCAGAGGAAAAAGCUCAGAGUCUCCCACCAUGGAGGCAAGAGGCCCGGCGAGGGUCGUACCCCACGCACCUGUUACCUCUCAGUCCUGGGGCCGGUCCUACACUCAACAACCACAGGAUACUGAUAGCGCAGAGCCCAGUCCAAACCCGACCCACAGCCCAGCUUCCUGGAGGCGGCAGCUGCCCAGCAGCGACUCUCCCCACCCGGGGAGCUCUUAUGACCGGGCGUCCAAGACAGCAGGGGCCUCCUCCAGAGGGGAUCCGUGGUCCAGUCGGGGUCAAGGGUCAGGGGCCAGAGCCGAAGGGAGGAGCGGAGCGGGGAGCAAACCGUGGAACCAACGUCACUCUGAGCAUCAUUAGACCUGCUGGGUCUGAGCAGGACUUCUACAGCGAGAGGACAGCACCUCAUUAAGCUCUCAAUGGCACAAGGAGGGCCAAACAUCAGUCUCCCAUCAACUAAUGGCUUCCAUCUCCACAAAAGUCAACAGCUUUUAUAGCAAGCAAAGAAAAGCAAAAUAGCAGCCAUACAGUACAACAAACCACAGACCUGACAUCCUGACUCUGACCCUGAGUGUACGCCGAGACGUGAACAGCUCUUCCUAUCCGGAACUUUCUCUGUCCCAAAAGAGGCAUAAAUGGAAAAGACAGUGCCUGUACAGUGUUUUUGGAGGCCGCCUCACCAGCCCAUGUAUCCUCUUCUGCUUCUCGUGUUGGAUGUAUUAUAGUGUAAUCCCGAAAACUUGACAAGGGAGAGGCUGGCAUGCUGGGGACGGCUGGGGGAUUUUCCUGCGUGCCAGAGAGGGUUUAAAGAGAGUUAGAGGAAGAAGGACUCAAACGUUGAGAAUGCCUUUCUCAGAGGACCAUUAACAGUGACCUCGGUGGAGCUGGAUAUAUAUCGCUUCUGCAUCCGAAUUUCAACCUGAAAAAGAACAAUCAACAGCAGUACAAUGUUUUAAGAUGCAUCUUCAUCUCACAGGGCUGGAUCUUCAUGCAGAAUUCUUCACAAAACGAAGGGAUUUGACCUUUUUAAUGUGACCAAAAACAGGAAGCGAAUUACCGUCUUUGCUGACCCGUACCCAUGAUAUUCACUUUUUCUUACAUAUUUGCUUUCCAUAUGUGCUUUUUUUUCUGAUUUUCCCACACAUAAAUAUACAAAACCAUACAAACAUAUGCACAUUUUUAAAUUUUGGUUUAUUCGUGUCGCCACUCUCUGGCAUGCAGCCUCGAAAUGGAUUUAAUUUGGGGGUCUUUGGAUGUGGAGCGAACAUUUGCAUGUUUCUAAGUAAUAAAUGAAGAGCACUUGAAAGAUUGUGACUCAGCAUGCACUCUGCUUAAAGGAUUGCUGGUUGGCUGCAUUUAAAAUGCACACACACACACACAUAAAUUAGUUCUUACGGAUCUUAUUUAUGCUUUUUCACAUUUUCGACAUUUUUAUUUCGAUUCUUUGUAAUUCGCUUCCUGUUCUGCAUUAUCCUUUUCCUUUCUGCUCAACCAUAUCAAGAGAACAAAAAAAAAAUCUUAGUUUGCACGCAAUGAAAUGCAAUGCACAUGUAGAAAAAAAAGACAUAAUUGUGGGGGGUAGGGGGGAUAUUGUUUAUAACCUCAAACCAUGCUACAAUUUCCAUGGUGCUUUGUUUUACAGCUGUUGUCCUCAAUCAUGUAUGUUGAGAGAGCCAUAGCAAAACGGAGUUUCUGUUUUAACUGGACUACAGAUUACCAGCAAACAAGGCCUGGCAAGGCGGACUUUUUUUUUUUCCAGUGCUACUGUAAAUACUGUAUACAUGCCAGCCAGUCAUAGGAAGACACAAGACUCCUCUAAACACAAGGAACUGACCGUUCAGCUUGUACAUGACUGGGUUCGCCGUGCGAAUCGUCCCAGCUUAUCUCCAUUUUCUUAUUUCUAUAGAGGUGUAUUUUUUUGUUACGUCAUAAAAAUAUCAACUUGUGGUUGGUAUGUUGGAGCAAUCUCUCAUUGGAUGGUGCAACUGCAGCAAUGGGGGUGCCAUAGAAACCAAUUUAAUAGUGGCCAGUAAUCUAAAUAAGGUGUUUUCAUUGAGUUAAAUGGUGCAUAUCUAUGACAGAAACAUUGUUAACAGGCUCCUGCUGGACUUUAGAUAUGACACUCAACAUUUAUUGCAGUACGACAGGCGAUGUAAACAGAAUUUAUGAAUGUUGCUAUUGAAUGCAGCUGAGAAUGACCAAUUGCUUAAUGCCCCAAUCCAACACGACUGCACUGUUUAUCUGACAAGAUCAUGUAACCAUAACUGUGACAAUUUGGGACAUAUGAAAUCCGUUGAAGAACUUUGGACUUUUAAAGCUCCAUCUGGUUCCUCUGCUGUUGUGGAUUUCAAUGCUGUGUUGAGUCAGACCCUGGCGGGGCUGGCCUGUUUCAGAGGCAUUUCUCAGUUCUCCUGUAUUCCUCAUACCAGCCGCCAUCUAGCUGUAAUAUUUAUUAGUCUCCAUACAUGUACAGGUUGUUUUAAUUGUGAAGAGGUCUGCCCGGUGGCAGGAGUCAAGUCUGUCGCCGCUUUGUCACUUUACUGUUUAUACAAGCAGGAGAUUAUAUGCAAUCAAUAAACUGUAAACCCCCAUCAGUCAUCAUGAUGUACAUACAGAACGAACUCCGAACUGAAAUGUUUGUUUACCUUAAGAAUGCGCAUUUUUUCACUAAUGUUCAUUCCCAUUACUUUGCUAGAAAUAUCUACAGUAUGUUCAUCUGUGCCUUGAGAUACAGUAAGAGAGGUAGAUUGUCCCGACAAAUUCAGACUUGCACCGUAUUUUUAGUCUUGCUGUGCAUAUAAAUGACAUGCAAUACUGAUUGUGAGGUUCAGUUUUUUAUAUUUUUUCCUUUUUGUUGGAACAUCGUAAAAGUAUUUUGGUUUAAGCGUAAAAAAAAGUUCCUCCGAGGGAACUCCUCCCCAUGGGAUGUCGGAGCAAGGUUCCCUGAGAAUAAGCUUUUUUUUUCUAACCCAACUUCAAAGUACCCUUUUAAAGAGUAUAAACCGCACCGCCCAAAAAGCUAUGUCCUCUGGAUUUGUCUGUCAGAGUCGCAGGGUGCAGCGCAGCCUCGGAAAGGAUUGCCAUGUGGCCUCUUCAUGGCCACUGCCGGCUUUAUGAUAGAGCAAAAACAGACCAGACGUACCGUUCAGAGCAGCUCUUAGUGCACAUGCCAAGACUUGAUUAUCAUAUAGUCUUUCUCUGUUAUUGUUUCUGCUACCACUCUUCUCAUUUACCAAGAGGGAAUGCCAUCUUUUCCCCAAAUCUCUCAUCUUCUCAACCGAUUCCAAUUUUCCUUUUAGUGUUUUAGAGAAGUGUGCCUCCCUCCCCCUUUUCCUCUCUUCCUCUAUUUAUCUGCAUCUUCCUUGGGAAGGCCUUGUCCUAAACAGCGGCGAUUGUUGGUUCAGACAGAGAGUUGUAAUGGGCAGCUCCCCUGGGUAGCUGAAAGGUCAGAGGUCAGGGCUGCAUCUAAUCCUGUCUCUACGUAUUGACUCAGGGCUUCUAAAUACAGGAGAGACGAAGACCGACAGCUUGGCAGUGGUGUCCACUUUAGGGAUAAUUAAAACACCCGAAGGUGUCGAAUGUCCAAUUCUGCCUGAGCUCACGCUGCCAGAGAUACACACGGUGUGGUCGUGCAUCGGUGUGCGUUGUUAUUAAUAUGUCAGUGAGGGAUCCCGUUUUUAAAGCUGGACAUGUGAACGGGCGUGUUGUAAGCUGCUGCAGAUCUCCAGAGUAAGAGGGCGCUGACUGACAAAUGUGCACGUGUGUUUGUCAGAGUUGGCAUGCAGGGACGGAGAUUGUUUUUGUUGAGGCUGACAUCACUCUGUGAUGCAAGUGCUAACACGAAUGCCCUCCUCAACCUUUAUCCUGCCUUACUUCCCUCGUGUGUUUCCCUCCGCCCGAUAAAUCUACCACGCAGACAAUCCUCCACCCCGUCCUUUCUACAAAUAUACUGUGCAACCUUUAUCAUUUGUCUCUUUCACUUUCUUACCUUCUGCUCUUAAACCUGUCUCCCUCGUCCCUGAAGAGAGCAUUCGAGUCUGGGGUCCCAGGAAGAGCCCAGCUGUCGGAAACUGUAGGUUUUAUGACGCGUUGGAGGGUUUCCCUCCUGGAGAUGAGCUUCAAAGAAAGCAGGGCUUUUUAAAAAGGGCAAAGUUGAAACUCCAUCCUCCGCCAUGCAUGAUGCCUUUCUUCCUUACAAGGCCCCAAAGUACACUAACACCUGACUGUACGUCCACUGAAACCUAUCUGGACUCCGUGUGCCAGGAUGAAGCUUCUACCUGUACAUGUUUUGGGCGACAUCCCACUUACUCACAUGUUCUAGGUCUUAUUCGUUGCUUCCAGUGGCGAGAGCCGGUACAGUGUUGACACGGUGGAAUGUACAGACUGGUCAUCUGGGACUCGAGUGAAGACUUUACUGGUUUCAAGACUUCUAUGGCUUUUGUGGCGCCGUAAAGAAACAGCUGGGGGCUGUUUUCAGAGGUUUUUGUCGGUUCCAGUUUUGCAGAACAUUUGUUGAACGAGAGCAGAAUAUUUAGGACAUGGCUGCGAAUGUUAUGAUAGAAAAUUCCUACGAGGACAAAGAGGUGGUUAAGCAGCGGAGAGAGAAAAGUGUCGGCUUCCGCUCUCCUGCUCAAAUACCAACUUAAGAGUUAACAGAAAUCCUCUUAAGCUCUGGUGGUGUGUGUAUAAACAUCCGUUAUUUACAAGUCAUUGUUUUUUUUUUCCCGUCAUAUAAAGUAGACUAGAAUGUACUUAGUGGAGAUUGGAGUGGCGAGGCAGAAAUGGCUCUCAGGCAGCGAGCAGGCCCUUGUCCUCAAAAGCCUCCAUUGUGGAGGCAGGGUCAUGGUGUCAUUGGGUGGCGUAGGCCAUAAUCUGCACUUAACCAGCACUUAACUUUAAGACCUCAAAUGACUAAUGCCCCCUUAGUCCCCUUCGUCAAAAAGUUUCUUCUUUUUGUGUCCCAGAAUUGUACUUUAACUCUGUUUCAGUAGCCGUUUGCUGAAUGUACCACAGUCAGAUAUAUGUGUAUUUUUGCACCAGCCAAAUUAGAGUAUUUAAGAAUCAUCUCACCUGUUCAAGAAAAGAAAUUGGCGUGCACUCAGUGAAUUAAUAUUAUUUUAGGUAUGGCACCCUGUUAUGCCUGCAUCUCAGCCUUUCUAACAUUGUGCCAAAAUCAUUCCACAGUAUUUCCAGUUUACAGUUAGAGACAAUGCUUCCCCGAAUGGUCACCCUGUCUCUAAGAUACUGAAAUUAAGGGGAAAUAUUCAAUUUGAGGGUUUUUCUGUUUGUGUUUUUAUUUCUUUGUUAAACAAAAGAUGUCUUAUUUUGGAAGCUAUAUCGGAUAGAUUUUAUUUAAGGAAACUCUUGUAAUUUUGUAAAGUGGGCCUUAUUAUUGAAAUAUAUUAAGUAUUUGUCCAUCUUGAUUUUAAGAAUGAUAUUUUUUUUGCAAGAUAAUGUAUCUUCCUCGUUGUUAAUACACUCCUGGAGAGUACUUCUUCCUGUAUUUUGUGUUUGUUGUUUUAAUGCAAGACAUUUCUCACGACCUGGAGACAUGAUGGCACACCGCGGAUUAGAAAGUGAGAGAGAGAGAGAGAAGCCAGGGUUGUGUCAUAGCCGUUGAAGAAUGAGAGCUAUGUGUGUUUUAUCAGCGCUGAGCAGGUUUUGCAGCGCUGAGUGGUUCGCCAUGUGUUUUUAUCGGGAACCAUUCAGCGCUCCGGCCUCUUCGGCGCUCUGUUCUCCCUCGCUCUUAAAUUCAGGGUUCGUACAUCUUCUGUGCUGUAUGUUUGUAAGUGCUGCCAAAGAAAGAAGCGUGCAAGCCCCAGACACACAUGUAUAUAUAUAUAAACACACACAAAUAAUCUAAUAGGAAUUUAACAUGUAACUGGAUCUCAUCUCUUUUACACGCAUACAUGCACAGAUACAAGAAUUUCAGGCCUGUACAAUCAACUGUUUUUUAUUGUGUCAUUUUGUUUGCAGAAGAAGGAGACUGACAGACAGAGAUGUCAAACACAAAAAACUGUAUGUAAUGAAAUCAGAUCAAAAGGGUUUUAUGAUUUAUAACUGCUUCUCAGUCAGUGUGUCGGUCAAUGCCAGGUGGACUGUGUGGAGAGGCUUUUUUUUUCUGUUUUAGACUUAAUACAUUGUGCAUGUUUUUAACCUUACUGUGGCUGGCGCACUCUGCAUGUAGGUCUCUCGAAGCUGCCAACUGUACAGCAGACCAUAUGUAUUCCAAUAAAAAUAAAAACCAACCUGUUUGUAACA